AUGAGAAUAUGGGCUGAAAAUAUUAAAAGAAGCAAUUACUAUAGAUAUGCAGUGCCAUUUGUAAAGUUUGUUUUAAUGUGUUAUGGUUCAUGGGCAUACUGUCAUCUAUUUUGCUUUGUGGAAUUACGUGAUCAUUUGCAUCAUAACGCAGUAGCGGUCUUCCUUACGUGUAUGAAUAUAUUUCUGACGUUGAUACUCUGGUACAUAUGGAUCCAAAUAGUGGUAAUUGGUCCUGGAAAGCAACCUACUGUUCUGCCAUUCAGAAUUAUUCCAGACGCACCCUGCGAUGAGGGCACUGCCUCAAAAGAUGAGACUGUCGUGGUUUCUGUCAUACCUCCAGAUAUCUACCAGUGCGAUCCACAGGGCUACCCUAUGUGGUGCAGCACUUGCCAGAGUUUGAAGAUAGAACGUUCUCAUCAUUCUGAGCUACUAAAAUACUGUGUGCCAAGGUUCGACCACUAUUGUGUGUGGCUUGGAACGGUAAUCGGGCGUAAGAACUACAAACUUUUCAUGCAAUAUGUCAUGUAUUUCACUAUCUACUUGGUGACUGCUAGUCUCACCAUAGCGUUAUUUAUGAAAAGAAUUGUUGACUACAAUAAAGAGCAUGAUCUGACUUUAAACCUGAAUAUAAUCGUUUUAUUUAUUUUGGUGCUUGCAUUUGCAUUUUUUGUUACUCCUCUUUUUGCAGUAUUCUCCUUUUAUAUGUCAUGCAAUAGAACCUCCUUGGAUAUCAUCCAGAAGAAAGCUAUUAAACGUCACAGGAAGGCCUACUUUUGUGUGUACAACCCUGAAGAUCGGUAUCGUUAUGUGGUAGAUUGUCUACCUGCUGAGCAGUAUAACAUCUGGAACAAAAGAAACGCCUGGCUCAAUAUAAAGGAAUUUAUCGGGUCAAACAUAUGGCUAUGGUUUAUUCCCAUUGGAACUAAUAUAUCAGAUUUUCAAGUUUCGAGGAAUGAAGAGUACUACAAUGCUAUUGUAGGGCCAUACCGUGAAGAUUUGAGUGACAAUUACAAAAGCAUUUUGUUGAAUAGGAUAAAUCAAGGAGACUAUGUCACAAGGUUGCGGGUAUAUGGAGACGAAGUUAAAGAACGUUGCGAUAGUCUCCACGGUGAAGUUUAG